UUGCAUUUUUGAUAAUGAAGUAAUAUUUUAUUUGCAUUUUUAUAACAAUUUCAUCUACAAUACAUAGAAUUUUGUAUAUGGGAAACUUCUUCAAAGAAGAAAUACAAACUUACAUUGUUGGUCAUUCAGAAAAACGUUUAUCAGCGAUCAUUUCAACUUGAAAUAGUAAUAGUUCUAAGAAUUGUGAAUUUUAUUCAUCAUUUAUUGCUAUUGAAUUAAUAAGAGUCAUGAUAGAACCGACUUUACAAGCACUAUCGUCAAUAAGGGUUAUUUUGGCCAGUAGUUCACCACGAAGACUUGAAAUAAUCAAGAAUUUGGGCAUCAAUGCAGAAUGUGUGCCAUCAACUUACGAUGAGAAUCUCGAUAGAAGUAAAUAUCAAAAUCAUGGUGAUUAUGUAAAAGAUCUGGCUACUUUUAAAGUUCAAGAGGUGUACAAUAGGUUAAAAAAUGAUACAAAUCCACCAUCUCUUAUAAUUGGAGCUGAUACAAUUGUAACAAUGGGCGAAACAAUUUAUGGGAAACCCAAAGAUAACGAUCAUGCUCUAGAAAUGUUAUCAUGUCUUGCUAACAAAGAACAUGUCGUAUUUACUGGAAUUUGUUUAAAAACUCCAGAUCAAGAAAUAACAUUUCACCAGGAUGCCAAAGUUAAAAUUGGAGAUAUAACACAAGAACAAAUUAAAGCUUAUAUCAAAACAGGAGAACCACUGGAUAAAGCUGGAGGUUAUGGAAUCCAAGGUGUUGGUGGCUGCUUGAUCGAGAAAAUAGAUGGUGAUUACUAUACCGUAGUAGGGAUGCCAGUAUAUACGUUGAGUAAAUAUUUAAAUAAUUUAUUUGAUAAAUAAAUUUGAUGAAUUCGAUCCCGAAAAUUGAA